AGUCCAGAGCGCUUCUCCAUACGGAAUCGGAACCUGAGUUGCUCAGUCGAGCAUAAAUAUAUAUACAAUACAUAUAUAUGCACAUAUAGUUGGCCAAUCGAAAUCGGAAUAAAGCUUAUCAGUCGAAAACAGAGUCCAGUUGGCAAAGCCCGGAGGAAAUAAGGCAUCAGUACAGUCGUACAGCUUCAAGUGAAAACAAGUGGAAGAUUCUUCAGUUCCCGAAAUCCUCAAGUACCCGAAAUCCUUUAAAUCAAAAUAAUGGCAGCAAAGAGAAUGGAUUUAAAUAGACGCACCUUUUUGGUGUUGAGCGGCAGCUCAAAUCCUUUGGGUCAAUCCCUGGCGCUGGAGUUCUGCCGUCGCCUGGCCACUGGAUCCCUUGCUUUGAUCUUGGAUGAGGAUCAGGAGCAGCUUCGGGAGCUGGAGAAUCAUCUCCGGAGCGAACUGAAGACGGAGAACGUUAAGGUGACAAUCGGAAAGUUGGACAAAGAUCACUCGAAUGGUGUGCAGCUAAUGGAACAGGCAUUGAUGGAUAAUUUCAUGGCGGAUAAGGACAAUCAACGCUUCGAGCGUUCCAUAAUCCUUCACAACGAGGGAAAGGCGGCCACGCAUAUGCUCCUGGAACCCCAGAGCGACGACGAUUGGAAGGCCUAUGUCCAGCAGCAGCUCUAUGCUCCGGUGGCGCUCAAUCAGACGUGGCUGCAAUCGAAGCACUUGGAGCGAGUGGAGAAGCUGGCGGUGAAUGUGACCUCAUCGCUGAUGGUACGUCCAUUGGUCCAUGCUGGUCUGCUUUGCUCGUGCAAACGGGCCAGGGAUAUGUACUUCCGCGCCAUGGCCGCCGAGGAGUAUCGUUUCGGUGUCCAUGUGCUCAGCUUCUCGCCCGGUCUGAUGGACACCCACGAGGGACAGUGCGAUGUGAACGGCAAUCGGAUCACUCCCGCUGAUCUGAUAGCCACGAAGCAGUUGCUCCAGCUGCCGAGAAUCAAGCCCUGCCAGGCCACACUCAAGCUGAUCAACAUUCUGGAGGAGAUAUCCUUUGUCUCCGGUCACGAUGUCGACUAUUACGACACCUUCGUUUUAUGAGUAGCACCGUGGCGGUGGGCUGCGUCCCCGAUGGACUCGGUUCUAAUCUUGGUUGACGAUUUAAAUGCUGUACAUGACUUGAUCGCCUUGGAAAUUAAUAAAAUCUGGCCAAUGUCCCAGAUUUCAGACCUGCAAGUGCACGAAAAUCAAGCACACGAACAGGAAAACGAACGAAAAAUUAUAUUUUUAUUUUGGGUGGGUGGGUAGAAUUUUAGAUUUCUAUAGGUUUGCCAUUCACAAUAUUAACAUAUAUUGUUGAUUUGCUACUUUCAACUGAAUUUGAAAUUGAGUCUAUUUUUAAUUAGAAUAGACAGGAAUCACCGAAGCACACUCCUUAUAUUUUACCUAUAAUAUAUUUAAAACUGAUGUUCAAAAAAAGAGUACUGCAGAAUAUACUUAGUAAUUAGUUACUAUUGGUAAAUUUGUAUGUGCAGGCGUGAGUUUAUGAGUCAGCAAUGCACAACAGAUUAAACAAAUAUACAGAAUAUAC